GGGGAGAUGAGUAGUAGUGUUGGAGGAGUGAACAACAAGACUUGGGGCAGAGAGAUGGAGGACAAAAGGAAGGGUUGGUCGCGUGACCCCAACGGAGGCUGGGUGAGGGAGAACACUGGUGGAGGCUCCACCAGUAAUCUGGCCAACGCCAACAUCUCCAACAAUCUCCGAAAUCGUCGACGGAGCAACAGCAGCGUGCCCAGCCUCACCAGCAACGGCAACGGGUACACCAAUAGCGUGUCCCCGGGAGGAUCUCAGCGAGGGUCGUCGGCCAGCCCCAGGGCGCCCCACAGUAAGGGGUUCUGGGUGCAGGAGCCAGAGGACUACCACUCCCGCUGGGUCACCACUAAGACGCCGGACUCAGAAGGCAGUGGGACGCCCCUCACCUGGCCGCCCACGGGGGGAGGGGGCAGCUACGGGCGUGACGGAAGUCACCACCGGGGGGCGUGCGUGUCGCAACCCUCCUCCCCCCACAGGGCGCCAGCGACGCCCCCUCCACUUGGGUGCUCCACCACACUGCCAAAGGUAUAUAAGAGCCACGCCACCUGGGUACGUAAUACUGAGGACCCCGCUGCACCACCUGAGCACCAGCCUCCCUCUAGUGCUGGAGGCUCACCUGCCUACCUCAAGACACCCUCACCUCACGCCCAGGUACGUAACAAGGAGGACUCCACGUCGCCAACCGAGGAACGGCGUCCCUCUAGCGCUGGCGGCUCACCUGCCUACCUGGCCACCCCCUCACCUCACGCCCAGAUGUCAGGCGAGACGGGGGAGGGCGGCCCAGGCGGCGGCGGUGGAGGCGAGGUCCUGGACUUCCAGAAUCGCAUUAAAAGAUUUCAACAAGACCAACAGUUUAAUCAACAACAGCAGCACAUGAGCAGCAGCCGGAGUACGAGCAGCAGUCAACUGAAGAGAUCGCAGCACACGUCGCACUCUCACUCAUCCACAAACUUAAGCGAAGUCAAGUCUUCUAGUAACACAAGUGAACACAAGUCCUCGAGCAUCAACAAAUCGAACCUCUCAGAGCUCAAGUCGUCUAUGUCUGAAGUCAAGUCCAACAUCAGUGAAAUGACAUCACAAAGCAACUAUAACCGAUCCAUGUCCCUUGCCAGCAACGCAGCCAUGCAGCAGAACGCAUCUGCCGCCAGUCUUCAGGCAGGCUUUAACAAACGCAAGGCUUCAGGUUUUAACAUGGGCUCUAUGGAUGCCCUUAAUGAUGCCCUCCAGAUGGGGUCAACAGAGCAGCUGGCACUCCCUGGCGUGGAGGAUGACUUUGAUCUACAGAACCUCUCGGUUCAACCGGAUCAGCUCAGUUCUUCACCCCUCACCUCAGGUUCAACCAAUGGCAAUAAUCCCAAAGAGUUAAAGUUUGAACAAAAGAAAGUGACGUCUUCCUCAAAAACAAAGGUUGUGACCGAUAAGAACAGCUAUGAAUCUGCUUCGGGCCAGUCAUCAGAAUCUAGAAAACUGCAGGCAGGCGACGUAUCCUAUGCAGAAUUGUCCAAAAAGGCUGCAACCAAAGCGAAGAUAGAGGUCGACGGUAUUACAGCAGAGAAGGCCGCAGCUAUCUCACAGGAGGCGCGGCAGCUGCGCGCCGGCGAGGUGGAUCACCGCGAGGAAUCUCAGGUGAAGGGCGCUACCAUGAGAGUGGCAGGCGAGGGUUUCUCUGCCCACAGGUCAGCCGUCAGCGAACAGCAACAGCGCCAGACAAAAACUCCCGCAGGCACCAUCAACCAGGAGUCGUCCCGGCAGGCAGCCACGUCGGGCCUCACCAUAAAGACCAAAGGCGUGUGUACCAAGCAGUCUUCCUCCAUGACUGCUUCACAGAGCAACGUGCACAUCACCGGCUUCGACGACCUAGACAAUCUGAGUGCCGCAUCGCAACCGGUAGACAUUCAGAAUGCCAUCAUGCGCUAUUCCGGCGUGAUGUCCUCCUUCGUCGAGCAGCUGAAAUCUCUGACCGUCAACGAAUGCAUCAACGACGCUCCGUCUCUCCUCGAAAAUAUCGACGACAUGAUGAGAAAAGCCUGGUCGGUGCCCAUCUACGGACACGAGUUGGGCUUUUCCCUGUGUAACGUUCUGAGAAACAACGGCGGCAUGGACCUCCUCCUGGAUAACUGUCGAUCCGACGACUCGGAUUUGAAGUUUACGAGUGCUAAAGUGUUGGAACAGUGCCUCACGACAGAAAACCGGGGCUACGUGGUCGAGAAAGGUCUAGAAAAUGUAGUAAAUGUUGCAUGCGACUGCACAAAGAAUGGCACUUCCAUAGAUAAAUCUCGCGUUGGAACGGGCAUACUAGAACAUCUGUUUAAGCACAGCGAAGGAACGUGCUCGGAUAUCAUACAGUUAGGCGGUCUGGACGCCGUGCUGUCGGAAUGUAGAAAAUCCGACGUCGAGACGUUGAGACACUGCGCCGGAGCUCUGGCAAACCUGUCCUUAUACGGCGGGUCGGACAACCAGCAAGCGAUGAUCCAACGUAAAGUUCCAAUGUGGCUCUUCCCUCUCGCCUUUCACUCCGACGACAACAUCAAAUAUUACGCCUGUCUGGCCAUUGCCACUCUCGUCGCCAACAAAGAAUUAGAAGCGGCCGUACUACAGUCCGGAACUCUGAAUCUCGUAGAACCCUUCGUCAUGAACCAGAUUCCGGAUCAAUUUGCCAAUUCUACGGUGGCACACCGUCACGGACAGAGUCAGAAUUGGUUACAGAGACUUCUACCCGUCCUGAGAAGUAAAAGAGAAGAAGCCCGAAAUUUGGCAGCUUUCCACUUCUGCAUGGAAGCCGGCAUCAAGAAACGACAAGGAAAUAUCGAGCUCUUCAGGGAUAUCGGCGCCGUCGAACCUCUGAAAGAGGUCGCGAGCUCUCCCAACGCCAUUGCCAGCAAGUACGCGGUACAGGCGCUGCGUCUCAUCGGAGAGGAGGUCCCACACAAACUGAGCCAACAGGUACCGCUGUGGACACCCGAAGACGUAAAGGAAUGGGUGAAGCAAAUUGGAUUUUCACAACACGGCGACGACUUCGUAAAUUCUAGAGUGGACGGAGAUCUCCUCCUGCAGAUGACGGAGGAAAACCUUCGCGAGGACAUAGGCGUAAAAAAUGGCAUUCUCAGGCAAAGAUUUCUAAGAGAACUAAGAAAACUGAAACACCUCGCCGAUUUUUCUUCCUGCGAUUCCACCAGGCUCAACGAAUUUAUGGUAGAAAUAGACAAAGAAUUUGCCGAGUACACCUACCGCAUGCUGCGAGCCGGAGUCACUCGAGAUUGUCUCAGAUAUCUCACCGAAGAGCAGCUAGUAACGGAGUGUGGCAUCAACAAUUCAAUUCAUCGGCAAAGAAUUAGAGACAUAAUAUUGAGAUGUGAAAAGCUAAAUUGCUAUGAAAGCGGCCAACUCCAAGAUGCUAAUUCCCUAGAUAAGACCCUAGAUGUUUUCAUCAGCUACAGACGUUCCAACGGCUCACAGUUAGCGAGUUUACUAAAGGUUCACAUGCAGCUCAAAGAAUUCAGCGUAUUCAUUGACGUGGAACGAUUAGAAGCUGGGAAAUUCGAUAACAAUUUACUAAAUUCGAUUCGGCAAGCCAAGAACUUCCUGUUGGUCCUAACGCCAAAUGCCCUCGACAGAUGCAUCGGCGACACGGAGUGCAAAGAUUGGGUUCACAGGGAAAUUGUCGCUGCACUGCAGUCUGGUUGCAAAAUCAUCCCCAUCAUCGAUAACUUCCAGUGGCCAGAUCCCGAAGAAUUACCGGAAGACAUGCGAGCGGUUUGCUAUUUUAACGGAGUCAGAUGGAUCCACGACUAUCAAGAUGCCUGCGUAGACAAAAUGGAGAGGUUUAUGCGCGGAGAAUGCAACGUGCGCGGGGACGGUCCGCUCAGCCGCUACGUCAGCAGAAGCGUGGAGGGCGGUAUGGCUACUCCGGGCACGCCGUCGACUUUGCCCAGAGCACCGCCACUCUAUCAACGCACGACCAGUACGGAGAGCGGGAAGGGUUCGUCGUGUUCGGACAAGGACCCCAAAGACUGACGGGGCGACCCUGCAUUGGUUAAACAUAGACGAUUAUUAGCCACAAGUAGCCCAAGAUCUGUUUCACCUAUGAGGUGGGGCGGUAGAGCAGCCAGCCCCGUACCGCGUCUCCCGGUGAGGGGUGCAGCCGGUCGGGGAAUGGGAGCAGUUUCGCCUCUACUGCCACGUCCGCAUCGCCGCACGCUUCCUCCUUCGCGCUCUCUUAGUCUAGACACGGGCUUGGAUACUAAUAAUGCUGUUGCAUCUGACCCAGAAACUGCUACUGAUGUGGUGUCCUCCUGUGAACAAUAUCUGCAGCAGCAACAUCAGCAUCAAUCAGGACAGCAGCAACAACAACAGCAGCAGCAGCAGCAGCAGCAGCAGCAAGGUGCAGAGCCUCGAACUUUUCGGCGGAGGUUGAGUAGCAUUCCUUGUGAUAAUAGUCCAAUAGUAGAAGAGGAGUGUGGAACCGAGGAAGAAUCCGGCCGGCCGUCAUCCACAGAAGAGGACGUCGGAGGCAGUAAGGAAAUGCAUCCUCCCGAAGAUUCCUCCAGGUCCUCCAUCGCGUCUUCGAGGCGUUCGUCCGUUACUUCUGCAGACGACAUCGGUCGAAAAUCCUCAUUUGUUAAUAAGUGUAUGACACGCGUUAGAGGCUUAAUGAAGAAGUGAGCGUUCGCGGACAAAGUGCCACGCUCGCGGGGUCGGCGUCGGCAGACCCCGCGCCGCGAAAGAACGCUCGCGUAACCAGUGCAGGGAGUUAAAAGAUACUCUGUGUCAGGUGUUGGGACCAUUAGGGCCUGAGAACUUACAAUUGAGGUCACCCACUUGGUUCAGGUUAAGUUCAGGUCAUUAGCCAUUAUGUGAUCCCAACUACUGUAAUGCAAAAAUCAGACAACAUUGUGACUGACAUGGAUGUUGGUGAUAAAGAAACAAAGUACUAAUUGUAUGAAUUCUGUGACUUGCAAUCUAGAUCCCUACAAAAAUUAAUCCUGCCAUAUUUAUUUUUAAAUAGCAGCCAACGACAAAUAUGCAAGUCGUCGACACCGAAUAAUACAACGUAAAAGCAUUUACUUUUCCAGUAGUUGUCCUACCCUCGUUGUUGCACUCAUAGUUCGUCUCCUAUAAUUUAGCACGUACCGUAAUAUAACUCGCCAAAUCUGUGGUCCGCGUAGUACGUAACGGUAAUUUGCCGUAUAUAAAAUUGAUAAUGUUUGGAAUGAAUCGGUCUAAAAAGUUAAAGAAUACGAGUACAGUAUUUAUUGACGGUGUAUUUGAAAAGUUUAUGAAUGAAAAUGUGUAAUCCCCAAAUGAAAACGGACUCGUCCAAGAGCGGAAACCGCAUUCCCCGAAAUCCGCAUUCGGGGCUCUCACGACGUACAAUAUUGUAACAUAGAUAUCUGUAUAGCAUUGGUUAUGAUGCCAGUGUAUUGGACUCUACAGUUCUUUAGUCAUUUUGUCCAAUAGAUAUUUUAAACCUUUUAGUGAAAAUUAUAUUGAGAUUUAUAUUCCAUUUUGAAGAGUUCCAAAGAAUAGUCUCUUCAUUUACAGAAACAAAUGUUUGUUUAUCCACUGUAAAUGUCUUAGUCAUGGUGUUAAUUUUAGGUUUGUUUUCAGUGAUAUAAAAAUUUGUUUAUAGCAAAUCCUUUUAUUCGUCAUUUCCGAGCCGGCGAUUACGCCCGUCUGUCAUUGUAAAUAGAAGUUGGCAACUAACGUGUAAGUUUGAGAUUUAUUAUUUUUACACGCAGUCCCUGGAGCUUAAAUAAAUACUAUUUAAGUAAUGUAA